CAAGGAGAUUUCGCGGUGUCGUGUGUUUGUUAUCUUGGAAACGUGUGUGAUUUGUUUUGAACAAUGCGGAACGUAGUCGUCAUAGCUACAGUGUUGUUAAUGCUCCAUUUCGUCUCCUACGAUGCCUUGGCGCGACCGGACCAAAUGACGAAGACAACAGAAGAACCCAAAGUGACAGAGCAGUCCGCGGCAAUGACGGGCAACAUGACCGAAAGCGAAGAUGAAGACGACAGUGUGGAAUCGGGCGAAGACGAACCGGAGGACCUAGACAGUGGUGAGGGUGUAAAAACUGCUGUUGAUUCAAAGACAGCCUUACCAUGUCCAUCAAGACCAACAGAGAUCACAGACUUGGAGUCACAGUGCGUAGCAGAAUAUAAGGCAAUGAAGAAAGCAAAGUGUAACACAACAGAAGAAGAGAAGAUGAAGAAGAUGAACACCAUGGAAUCAUUGGAAAAUGGUUCUCACGCCUCACACAUGGGAAAAGGAGAAGUACCAGUGGCAGAUGACAUGGUUUCAGCAGAAGGCAGAGUAAAUUUAACAAGAACAAACAAGCAUCAGCGUAAGAGAUCAUGCCACUACUAUCAGUGCAUUUUGAAGAAACUGGAUGUGCUAGAUGAUACAACAAUGCUGCCAAAUGAGGACAUGUUCAAGAUGUGGGUAGCCAAUAAUAUUACUGAAGAUGGAGAAAAGUUACGGCUACAGGAGAGAGUCACAGUAUGUUUCAUUGAACUCAGAGAGUUGGGGUUAUUCAGCACAGAUAAUUCCAAGACAGAAGCUUCAGGAGAUGCUUCUAAUGUCAAAAAGGGUAAAACGAGCUGUGACGCAGCAUUGAAACUACUCAAAUGUCUUUCUAAACAGGAUAGUGAGUGUCCUGCCUUCAAGUUCCCAUGAUGCUGCGAUCCAAUGGGCAUAAUUAUAAAUAUGCAUAUAAAUAUACAUUAAAUAUAGGACAAUAGUUCAAUUUCCAGUAUGUAGUAUUCUAGUACCUUGAAAAUCUGUACAAUAUAUUUUACUUAAAAACCAGCACUGAUGUUUAAAUACAAAUCUAGUGUUAUAAACAAACUAUUAUCACAGCACAAGUAACAAUGCUGAAGACAGUGACAUCCAUAACUUUCAAACUGCAGUUACUUUCAUUGGAUGGAAUCCAAUAUAGGUUUCAUAACCAUCACCUUCAAGCCACAUUAUAUUAACCUCCCUGUCCUGUAACUUUCAGAUGCUAAAAAGGGGUCCUCAGCAGGCAAAACGUUAACUGUUUCACUUUCAGUGAACUGAGUGAGGUCCAUGAUCUUAUCUGGCAUGAAUGUGUAAGAGGCUGGUAUUCACAGCUUCAAGGAUUAGGCAUAACAGCCUGAUCUAUUCUAUAGUAAUACCCUUCAGAACAAACCAUCCUUUUACUAACUUCCAAUAUUCCUCUUCCCUUAUGGAAAACAAUUCAAAAUGCUCUUAUGUAUGACUUUAUUUCACCCUUUCAUCAUGUUUCUGCAAUUUAUUUUUGUAAUAUGAUAUAUAAUUCCUCUUUUACAUUUUGCUAUGGACUUCAGAAAAUCCAUUUUUGUACAUUUCAUGUUUUCUUCCUGUUGCUAUCCUGCCUUUUGAUCUACACGAAAAGAUGCUUAUAUGUAUACCUGUAAAAGUUUUAUUUUUAGAAGUUCAUUUUUUUUUUUUGAAGUAUUCCAUGGAAUAUUCGGUCCUAUUUUUAAAUGAAAUUUGUUUAGUUUCUAUCACUGUUUAUGUUGUUAUGCAUUUUUCUCCUCAGAGAGCCAGUGGCUAUUUUGUUGAAAUUUUAAGGCUGUAAAUCUGAGUUACUUCAUGUAAUAAACAUGUUCCUUCCUGAA